CUCAUCCGUGAUACUCCCCACAGAUUCACAUCGCAAAACAGAAAGAAAGAAAAAAAAAAGAGACAGAGAGAAAGCAGCAAUGGAGUCGCUGACUCUGCGCGCCUCGCCGUCGUCGACCGCCUCGCCGCCGCUCCGCCUGCCCGGCCGGCGGCGCGCGGCGUCCGUCCGCGUCUCCGCCUCCGGCGCCGGCGAGCCGGACCUGUCCGUGACCGUGAACGGGCUGAAGAUGCCCAACCCGUUCGUGAUCGGCUCCGGCCCCCCCGGCACCAACUACACCGUCAUGAAGCGCGCCUUCGACGAGGGCUGGGGCGGCGUCAUCGCCAAGACCGUGUCCUUGGAUGCUGGAAAAGUUAUCAAUGUAACUCCUCGCUAUGCUCGGCUCAGGGCAGAUCCUAAUGGAUCUACCAAGAGUCCUAUCAUUGGAUGGCAGAACAUUGAACUUAUCAGUGAUCGACCUCUCGAGACAAUGCUUAACGAGUUCAAGCAACUGAAGAAGGAAUACCCUGAUAGGAUACUCAUUGGCUCAAUAAUGGAGGAAUACAACAAAGCAGCAUGGCAUGAGCUUAUUGAACGUGUUGAGGAAUCUGGAGUGGAUGCUCUUGAGAUAAAUUUCUCAUGCCCACAUGGCAUGCCUGAGCGAAAAAUGGGUGCCGCUGUUGGACAGGACUGUGCCUUGUUAGAGGAGGUUUCUGGUUGGAUAAAUGAGAAGGCCACCGUGCCUGUUUGGUCUAAGAUGACUCCUAACAUUACAGAUAUUACACAGCCUUCAAGGAUUGCUCUUAAGUCAGGUUCUGAAGGAAUUGCCGCUAUCAACACAAUUAUGAGUGUGAUGGGAAUUGAUCUCAAAACUUUGCGCCCAGAACCUUGUGUGGAGGGGUACUCCACACCUGGAGGAUAUUCUGCGAGAGCUGUGCACCCUAUAGCACUUGCGAAAGUCAUGCAGAUAGCAAGACUGAUCAAAGAGGAAUUUCCUGAAGGUCGAUCCCUCUCCGCCAUUGGCGGUGUUGAAACCGGCAAUGAUGCUGCUGAGUUUAUUCUACUUGGUGCAGAUACUGUACAGGUAUGCACAGGUGUAAUGAUGCAUGGUUAUGGCCUUGUGAAGAAGCUGUGUACAGAGUUGCAGGAUUUUAUGAGAAUGCACGACUUUACAUCAAUUGAAGAUUUCCGAGGGGCGUCUCUCCCCUACUUCACGACGCACACGGACCUGGUGCAGCGGCAGAAGGAGGCGAUCAAGCAGCGGAAGGCCAUCAGGAUGGGCCUGCAGUCGGACAAGGACUGGACCGGCGACGGGUUCGUCAAGGAGACCGAGAGCAUGGUCUCCAACUGAUGCCGCAACCCCGCCUGAUCUCUCGGUCUCCAACUGAUGAUGCAACUCAGUCUGAUCUGAUCCCCUCACGACGACCUUCCUUUCCACCAUACUUCCUUCCACUUGUGAUUAAACCCGGACCUAUAAACGAAACGAAAAGAACAAUGGGAACUUUUGCUGCACCUCAUCAUUCAAUAAAGCAUUGUAGUGUACGAAA